AUGUCCGAAAGAGAUACAUUGUCUGAUAUUUUGUACAAUGAUCUAUCUCAAGCCUUCAAGAUCAUUGACAAAGAUGAAGAUGGAAUUUUGGGUGUUGACGAUAUAUCCUACUUAUUAACAACCCUCGGUAUCGGUUUUAAUGAGGAUAGUAUUUAUACAAUUGUUAGGUAUUUAUCUGAUAGUGAGGACUCCAUACGGCUUCCAAAUUUCAUUGAACUCUUAGGUCGUGCAUUGGAGAACCUUGAUGAAAAUCAACCAGUGAAGACACUAUUUCGAAUUGUUGAUCGAAAUGGUGAUGGACAUCUGGAUCCUGAUGAAAUAGCACUACGAAUGUCUAAAAUAUUUGAUAAAAUUACUAAAGAAGAAGUUAGACUUCUACUGGAUACAGUGAAGACGGAGGACGAUCAAACUUUGGAUUGUGAAGAAUUCGGUGCUCUUUUAAGGCGGGUUAACGCAAAUGAAAUUGACUAUUUUCUUGUAUUUUUUGGUAACAUCAAGUAUUACUAUUUUGCGGUCAAUUGAAAUUUUUUGAAAGACUAACUAAAAUUGAAAAAGAAAAUAUCCAGCAAUAUUCGCUCAAAGUCCUUUUCAAUAAAUCAAAUGGUAAAGUCCAGAUUACUUGAAUAAUCAAUUAAUUAAUCUGUUGAAAAAGUUUAUGACAAUUACGGUAUACCGUUUUUAUUCGUUUAUAUUAAUCUAGAUUCUUUCUAACUACCCUUUUUCUUGGAUAAGUAAUAAAUUUAUCACACCGAUUAUUGAAGUAUGCACAAAGAAACUUAACUUUCAACAAAACAAUAACAACGAACGUAGUAAGAUAAUGUAAAUUUACUCAUCUCAUGGAUUUGUAUCGGUUUUUUACAACUUUGAAACAAUAUUAUAGGUCAUUACAACAAGUAAACAUACUUUAGACCAAAUUAGUUAGAAUAACCUAUGAAAUUGUUAUAGAGGUUCAUUAUUUUGAAAAUGCAUAAAGGCAAGAUUCUAGAAAAUUUAACUUUGUAACAAACCAGCUUGUAAAUGUUUUCUAGAAAUCGCUUGACUAUUAACUAGAUGCCUGAUAAUAUAACACUAACUUUAUGUAUUUUUAGGAGAAUUUGAAAACUUAAUAGAAUCUAUUGGUUCUAGUUUUUAUACUAACGAUAUCGGAACUUUGGCCUUUCGUUUAAAUUAUCAAAUAAACUUAUACAAAGAUUCACUGAAUGAAAAAUAUAGUGAAAUUUAACGUUGAGGAGUAAAAAGCAGAUUUAAAAAAAAUGCUUGGUUAU